CGCAAUGUCACCCUGUGGUUUGAUACGCAAUCAUUCUAUGGAGAACAGACAGCUGGUUGCAUUUGUGUUCACCUCAACUCACACCUCGCUCAGCAUCACAACGACCACCAGCACCGUGCCUCGAAUUUGCAUCUUUGGACCGAACACACUAGCCACUUGUACGGGUCGCCGCAGGAGGAAGCGUCAUCAGGAGGACAGCCCGGCCGGACAGCGCAGCGCCCUGCCAGCAGCGACGAGGUCGGCUCCCGUACUCCUGCCGUCCGUCGAGCCGGCCGGGGCGGCCACUGGCCCGCGCGCCGCUCGCUUCUUGGCCAUCUCCUUCACCAGCCUGGUGACGGUCACGUCCACCACCACAAGCACCACGUUCACCACCAACACCUCCACCACCGUCUCCGUGUCGAUCCUGUGCACGGCGGCGGGCAUGAACCUCGAGACCAUCUAUUGUGCGAGCGGUUAGCAGUGCGCGAUGGGCGGGCCUGGCCGAGCCGGGCGACAUCGGACGACAUAGCGCCGGCUGAUCAGCUGAACUCAGCAAAGGUUCGCCUCGAGCCUCUGCCGAGCAUCAGGUGCCGGCAGAGGCUCGCCCCCUGAUGGUGCCAGCAGAGGCUCGUCUCCAGAUGGUGCCAGCAGAGGCUCGCCCCAAGCCGGUGUCCGCAGAGGCUCGCCACAGCCUCUUGUUGGUGUCUGCAGAGACUCACACCCAGCUCGUGCCAGCAGAGCCUCGCCCCCAACUGGUGUCUGCAGAGGCUCGCCACCUGUUGGUGUCUGCAGAGGUGUCUUACAUGCCGCCCCAGCGCGCUCUUUUUGUCUGUUUGUUUUUUUGCGUUUUUUUUUGUUGUUGUUUGUUUUGUUAAGGCGUACAUUAUCUUGUUACGUUUUGCCAACGCGUUCCAACAUGACUUCUGUUUGCCUGUCGCCAGUAUUUUAGUAACUUACGUCCGUCACCGGUGUCCCAUUUGCCUUGUACUCCCCGUUUGGUUUUUUUUUUUGGCAAUGUAGCGUUCCCAGAGACGUAUUAGAGUUUUCAUGACUUCCAGCGUUGCGUAAGUGCGUGCUUGCUUUCCCGGCAUGCGGCCGAUCCCAGCGCGGACUGCGAUAACCAGUGACGCCGGGAGGGUGAGCCUCAUUUGG